UUAAGACAAUUACUACAAUUCAAGAUAUAAACUCACAAGUACGAAAUUUCUUCGCAUUUACAGAAAAAGGUGCCUAAGAUGAUAGGUGCUUAUUUAUUUUACGGUGUUCUUUCGCUGGCUGCGUCCGUUUAUUUAUACUUCAAAUGGAAGCACAGCUACUGGAAACGGAAGAAUGUGGACUACAUCGAGCCCGAAUUCCUCUUCGGUAACACCGGAAAUGUGUUAAAGAAGAAAGAACAUAAAUCCAGGUUAUACAAGAAGUACUACGAACAUUUUAAAUCUCGAGGCCAGAAAUUCGGAGGUUUGUACGAUUUUCAAAGACCUGUUUUGAUGGUCACCGAUCUGGAACUGGCAAGAAAUGUCAUCCAAAAAGAUUUCUCGCACUUCGUAAACCACGUGGCUUUUUUAAACGAGGAAAACGAUCCUUUGAGUGGAAAUUUGUUUAAUUUAAGAGACGAGAAAUGGAAGAAUAUUAGAGCCUUGUUAACACCAACAUUUUCAUCAGGAAAAAUAAAAAUGAUGUUUGAGACGAUGGUUAAGACAACCGAGGGCUUCGAAAAACUACUUGAUAAAAGUGCCAAAAUAAAUGAGCCAGUUAACAUUGGACCACAAUUAUUGUUAUUUACAACAGACAUUAUCGCUUCAGUGGCCUUCGGAAUUGAAGCGAAUUGCAUGGAAAAUCCGGAUAGCGAUUUUCGAAAAGUAUUCACUAAUGUAUUAGGAAGUUCCCCGUUACAACUAAUCAAGCUUAUUAUUGCCUUAUCACUCCCAAAAUGGUUACUGGGUCUACUGAAAGUGAGACUAGCCGAUCAAAAAAUUGGAAAUUUCUUCACCAAGGUGGUCACUGAUAUCGUUGAAUACAGGGAAAAAAAUAAAGUCUUCCGAAAGGAUUUCAUGCAUUUGUUGAUUCAAUUGAAAAACAUGGGAGAACUGGAAGACGGCGAAAAUCUAACUAAUUCAACGACAAAGAAGCAUCUUUCAAUUCCACAAAUGACGGCUCAUGCUGUAACAUUUUACGUUGCUGGAUUUGAAACAUCGUCAUCGACAAUGUCGUAUGUUAUGCUGGAACUUGCCCUGCAUCAGGACAUUCAAGACCGCCUACGAGAAGAGAUUCAUUCAGUUAUCAAAAAAUACGAUGGCAAAAUCACAUACGAUGGAGUUAUGGAAAUGGAGUAUUUAAACAUGGUCCUCCAAGAAUCAAUGAGGAAGAAUUCUGUGGCAACAAAUCUGUCAAGGAAUUGCAAUAAAGCUUACAAAAUUCCUGGAACCGAUGUAGUCAUUGAUCCAGAUACAGAAGUAAUUAUACCAGUACUAGGUUUUCAUUGGGAUCCUGAGUAUUAUCCGGAACCUGAAAAAUUCGAUCCUGAACGAUUUUCUCCUGAAAAUAAACAUAAGAUACCCAAUUAUGCCUAUCUGCCCUUCGGAGAUGGUCCUAGAUCAUGUAUAGGUUUAAGAUUUGGAAAAAUUCAAUCGCUACUGGGAAUAUGUUUCAUAGUAUCAAAAUAUAGAAUUACAUUGAACAACAAAACACAACUACCGGUCGAAUUGGAUUUAUCAAAACGAAUUCCCGCGGUGAGAGGCGGAGUGUGGUUGGAUUUGGAGAAGUUGUAAAAUUUAUUAUCAUAUUAUUCGACGUUACCAUUACAAGUGAUUAAAAUUUGUAAAUAAAAAAAAUAUAAAAAUGCGUAAUCUAGAUCAACAAUUUUAAAUCUGUAUUUGCUUGUUACAAUGUUGCAAUAAAGUCUAAUUACGG